AUGCAGCGGCGCAUCGCUGGACGACGUCCGCCAGCCGGCAUUCAUUACGUCUCUGGUGGGACAAGGUAUGAUACGACAAAACAAGCUCUAUUCUGUACAAUCAAUCGAAGCACGCCAGGUGUACACACAAUCCGCAAGCCUGUACGCCUCCUGGGGUUGCAUCUCCAACCCUCAGCCCGGACAUUGAAGCUGCCGUCCCAACGCCUUUCUCAUCCACAACCCUGCGACAACAUGGCGGCCUUCGUGGCCAACAGCACGCUGCUGCUGCAGAGAAGCGCCUUGCGCCGCGCACCCCUCCGCCGCGCGCGCCACCUCUACAGCCAACCGGGCCCGCAGACAAGGACGCGCGCCUCGCUGAGCGUCGCACAUGCCCUGCCCGCGCUGGCGUCCCUCCCCACCGCCCUGCCCCUCGCAGAAGCCUCGCUCGCCCUCUCCGCGGGAAAGAUUCUGGCGGGCCCGGGCAUUAACCUGUUCAACUUUGUCAUGGUCGUGCGCAUCAUUCUGUCCUGGUAUCCCAAGACGGAUCUCGCCAAGCCGCCGUGGAUCUAUAUCGCCGUCCCGACUGAGCCGCUGCUUAGCGCGACCAGGAAGAUCAUUCCGCCAGUGGGGGGAGUCGAUAUUUCCCCCAUCGUAUGGUUCGCGAUCAUGAGCUUUGUCCACGAGAUCCUCGUCGGACCGCAGGGGUUGCUCGUUUUGCUCGGCCAGAAGUGA